AUGGCCGCCGCCGCGCCCGCGCCCUCUGCGCCGCCCUCUGCGCCGCCCUCUGGCUUCCGCUUCCCCCCCGAGUACCACUUCCCGCCCUUCUUCAGCCCGCAGCCCAACCUGACCACGCGCCACGCCCAGCUGACCAAGUGGUCGGCCCUGGUGCUCGCCUACGCCCGCCACCACCGGCUCUUCAAGCUCGCCCUCGCGUCCGCCUCGCACACGGACCUGUUCCACAACGCCCGCAUCGACCGCCGCCUCGGGCUCGCCGACAUCCGCGCCGUCCUCGACUUCCUCUGCGCCGACGGCCGGGCCCAGUACGCCGGGCCCAGGGACGGAGCCGACGUCGUCUACGUCUACUGGCGCACGCUGGACGAGUGGGCCAGCCUGGUCGAGGCCCAUGUCCACGACACGGCGCAGCGGGGCAGCGUCUUGACCGUCUACGAGCUGACGCAGGGGGAGGGAACCAGGGGCACAGAGCUGCAUGGCAUGGAUGACCACGUCCUCAUAAAGGCUUUGGGGGUCCUGGUGAAGAGGGGCAAGGCCCAGAUCUUUGGGGCCGACGACUCGCUCGGCGUCAAGUUCUUCUGA